CCCCUCCCCGCCCACAUAAGUCCGAAUCCCUCUGCUUCUCCGCUCCAUUCCCCGCAUCUCCCCUUUUCCCCCUCCCAUGGCGAAACCCUUCGUCGACGCCCCCACCCGCCGCUCCUCCGACGACCCCUCCAUCUGCUCCUCCUCCUCCUCCUCCGCCUCCGCCGCCGCGGCGCUGCGCCGGAGGACGCGGCCUCCUCCGCCGCCGCCGGGGACGCUCUCCGCCUCGCUCGCCGAGGAGCGCCUCCACGAACGCUCCGUGCUCUCCGACUCCGCCCGCUGCCCCCGCCACCCCCUCCUCAACCCCUGUCGCCGGGGCCUCGGCGGCGCCGCCUCCGCCCUCUCCUUCUCCUCCGCCCUCCUCCUCAAGAUCCACGACUGGGGCGCCUCCUGCUUCCUCAAGCGCGCCGGCGCUGGCGCCACCGCCACCGCCGCCGUCCCCCCUGCAGGGGAAGUGGCGGCGCCGCCCCUCGCCGCCGCGCCGAGGGAUUCGACGGAGAAGAAGGGAUCGAGGUUGCAGGAGCCGAGCCCUCCUCGUCAGACCGUGGUCCGAUCCGAAGUGAGGCCAUUGAGGGAGAUCGAACCGGCGCCGGUCGGUAAAGCUGACGAUGCAAUCGCCACCGCAGAAAGGAAGAGCCAAAGGAAUGCGAGAAUGACAAUGGCCGUGAUCUCACCGUCGGUGUUGCCUUUGGACGAAGGGGUCCGCGCCGCCGCUGGGAACAGCCGGAAACCGAAGCUGCGGAGAGUGUCGGCAGGCUCGUCAUCCUCGGCUUCGAGAGGGUCCGAAUUUGUUUGGGCGAACAAGUACCAGCCCAAGAGUUUGAAGGAGUUCAUCUGCAAUCGGGACCACGCUGAGGUGCUAUAUCAGAUGGCAAUAAAGCAGCAGUGCAGUCAUUUUAUAUUUGAAGGCCCACCUGGGGUUGGUAAGAGUACUAUGGCUCUGGCAUUCCUAAGGGAUGUUUUUGGUCCUGAUAAGCUGAAGACAAGAAAUGGGCUGAAGAGACUUGAGCUGAAGGGCGAACUCGUUGCUAGCAUUGACGUUAGCAUGAGGAUAUCAGACCAUCACGUCGAGGUUAAUCUAUCUGAGUUGCAAGGGUAUGAGAAGUAUGUUAUAAAUGCUUUGAUGAAUGAGACUCUCGCACUAUCAGCCAAAGUUGGGAGCUGUGAUCAUAGUGACUGCAGAGCUGUUGUUCUCCACGAGGCUGACAAGCUCUCAAAUGAUGCUCAACAUUACAUCCGGUGGUUAAUGGAGAAGUACAAAGGUUGUAAUAGAAUUUUCUUUUGCUGCUCUGAUGCCUUAAAGCUUCAAGUAGUGAAACAUCUUUGCACCACUGUAAAACUCCUGCCACCUUCUGUUGAUGAGAUAGUAGAAGUUUUGGAGUUCAUUGCCAAGGAAGAGUCCAUAGAUUUGCCGCACCAUCUUGCCAGGAAGAUAGCAGAUAACUCGACGCAUAACCUUCGACAGGCAAUUCGUUCAUUUGAAGCCUCAUGGAAGUCAAAUAAUUCAUUUACAGAAAAUCAAGAGAUCUUAACUGGAUGGGAAGGAGAUAUUGCCAAUAUAGCUAAAAACAUUGUCGAAGAGCAAAGCCCAAGGCAAUUAUAUGUCAUCCGUGGAAAGCUCAAGAAACUUAUCGAGCACAAUGUGUCCCCUGAUUUUAUUUUCAGUAUGCUUAUUGUAGAACUGAAGAAGAACAUGGAUGAGGAGUUCAGGGAUAAGAUAGAUGACUUAUAUCAGAGAUAUAGCAAUUUGAACAAUUCACUUACCCUUGAGGAUGGGCCCAUGGCUUUCGGAGACAUCAAGCAAGAAGGCUCUGGCAAAAAAUAUCAUGACCCAAAGAGGGAUGUUCAAUAUUUCAUGAGAAUCGAAGAAUUUACCGCAAAGUUCAUGAGCUUCUACAAGUCGAUAGCCCCGAAGAGCAUACCUGGAGAGGUGAACUGUUAAAAUGUGAAAGUAUAUCACAUUUUAGGAUACCUAUAGUAUAACCACAUGAAACAAGAAGUGGUUUUGAAUAAAACAAGUAUAAAGCUAGUUCAUACAAUAUUUGAACUUUGCAAUUCACUUGUGUGCUUCAGGGGGUUUUAUAUAGUGAUGUACUCUUAACGAAUAGCAAUCUGUGCUAUUAUGUGUGUGUGUGUGUGUGUGUGUGUAUAUAUAUAUACAUAUAUAUAUAUAUAUAUAUAUAUAUAUAAAUGUAUGUUACUAUUGAUCUACCAAUCAAGUGAAAUGAUGCUAUUAAAUUAAGCUCGAUAA